CUCACAUCGAAACUCUUAUCAAAACCACUCGAAUCUCGGAAACCCUAAUUCACAAAACUCAAGGAGGAAGAAGAGCGCAGCGAUGGCGGAGCACUUGGCUUCAAUCUUUGGGACGGAGAAGGACAGAGUGAACUGCCCCUUCUACUUCAAAAUAGGGGCGUGCAGGCACGGCGAUCGGUGCUCCAGGCUUCACACGAAGCCCAGCGUCAGCCCGACUCUGUUGCUCUCCAAUAUGUACCAGAGGCCCGAUAUGAUCACCCCCGGCGUCGACGCCCAGGGCCAGCCUAUCGACCCCCGCCAGAUGCAAACCCAUUUCGAGGAAUUUUAUGAGGAUCUCUUUCAAGAGCUGAGUAAGUAUGGAGAAAUUGAAAGCCUGAAUGUCUGCGACAACCUAGCUGACCACAUGGUGGGCAAUGUGUAUGUUCAGUUUAGGGAGGAAGAGCAUGCUGCAAAUGCACUCAAGAAUCUGACUGGAAGAUUUUAUGCUGGGCGUCCUAUCAUUGUGGACUUCUCUCCGGUGACAGACUUCCGUGAAGCCACCUGCAGGCAAUAUGAGGAAAAUACAUGCAAUCGUGGUGGAUACUGCAACUUUAUGCAUCUGAAAAGGAUUGGGAGGGAAUUGAGGCGUGAGUUAUUUAGGAGCUACCGGCGAAGGCAUAGCCGGAGUCGAAGCAGGAGCCGCAGCCCUUACAGGCAUCGUAGCUAUGAAGAACGCCCUCAUGGUAGCCAUGGUCAUAGCAGAAGGUAUGAUGACGGGGAUUGGUAUCCUGAGAGAAGGAACAGGACUGUAAGCCCUGGCCGAAGUAGGCGGGAACGCAGUAGAAGCAGGAGCACUGAAAGGAGGAGGAGAAGGAACCCCAGUCCAGUUAGAGAAGGCAGUGAGGAGAGACGAGCCAAAAUUGAACAGUGGAACAGGGAAAGAGAACAAAAUGAAAUUGCUUCCAAGGUCACCUCUGUCAGAAGUGACAAUGGGCAUGCUCAAACUGAAAAUCAGAACGGUUAUGAGUAAUAUCAUUUGCAGCAACAGCCGGAGUGAGUAGGGUGGUGUGCAGGUUCACACUUCUGUGAUAUGGAAUUGAAAUGAAUUUAUAAUUGCAUUCAUAUUGUGUGACUGCAUGUGUUUUGCUAUCAAUGCCAUAUACUCUAGUGUCACCUAUGAUGGUGAGACAUAGCAUUGUGUAUAUGUAGCAACUGGACUACUUCUCUUUCCCACUUGAGGAAAGAGAAACGCUCUUGAAAUCAAUCAGUAGGAGUGGUUACCUGUUUGAUGGGUUUAUUUUCGAGUCUGGGUUUUGCUCAUCUUGGAACCUUCAAGCUGAAGCGUCCGUACCUUCCCCCUCUUGUUUUCUACACUUAGCUUGAAGUCUUGAACCAUUCACUCUACUUUCCUUUAGAAAGUUAUUGCUUUUGCUUUUGAGUUGGCAACUACGAGAUGAUGCGAAUCUUGAGAAACAAAGGAUAGAAAGAAAAUAGGUGCUUAGGAGGGCAAUAAGGUUAAACCAAGUGUUAUUGUUAAUUAGAGCUUUCCCGCUUUGGAAAGGCAAUUUUAUAUCUAUAGAAUCUGGAAAGUAGCCGAGUUUAUUAGGAUGCUUUGAAUAAUUAGCUCCCUGAACCUCUAACUGAACUUAUCUUGCUAAUCUAAAAUAAAAAUUGCUGAACUUAUCGUUGUAUUUGGGCAUCGCUGUAGAUUUUCAUAUAGGCCAGUCUGGUUUGUGUGCAAUUAGCUUUUUAAUCUUUGCUUGCUUUGCAUACAUUUUAUAGUCAGGGGUUCCUUGAGCAACACAAAUCAAAGACUAGUGAAAGAUACAAGUAUCAUGGUUCUUUUGUGGGUUUCUUUUCUUCUCUCUUUUAUCUUUUACUUAUUUGCAAAGUGAUAGUUAUGGUCUUACGUCAUUUACUAGUUUUGCAGGUUCAGGUAUUCCUGCUUCUGGGGUCCCAGCAUUUUUUCAUUUUAAUUGCAGCUUACCAUGUAAUUUGUUUACAGGUUGGCUUCUGCAGCGUGUUAGCAGAAAUCGUCGUUGUCUAAUCAUGAUGCAGGUCGGAUGUGGCAGCUAAUGGUUUUUUUCUUUUACUUUCUGUUUUUGUUUCUGAAGGUAUCAUCAUAUCUGGGAUUGUUCUAGUUUCUGGAUCUUUAGUGGAGAUGAUAAUUUCUACAGAUUUUAAUUGGUUGUAAAGAUGUUUGAGAUUUUGCUAUUUUGUUGUCCAAGUGUUUUUUUUUUUGGUU